AUGGACUGUAUGGUGGACCAACAGAGCGAGCGGCCGUUGGAGGGCCAGGACCGAGAUGCCCGCGGUGGGAACGAGGUCAAUGCCCGAAGUGGGGAAUUCACUUUCAACUGCUCCUCGAUGACUGACUUGAGGGCGACAGACGGGAGCGUUCCCUUGGGAGCUAAUUCUCAGGCUCAGUCUCAGUCUGCGGCCCGAUCAGCGUCUUCAGCAGAGCAUGCUUCAUCAGCGACGUCGAGUUUUAUCCAGGUCGAGGACUGGGAUGAUUCUGCUUCUUUGACGGAUAGUGUGCAGACGUUUCCCGAAGAGUUUGGUCGCACUUAUCAUGCUUAUCGUGCUGGAUCAUACCUAUUCCCUAAUGACAAUACAGAGCAAGAGAGACUCGGAAUCAUGGGCGAAUGCUAUAAGAUGAUUAUGAAAGGCAAGCUGUACAUGGCACCGCUCUCUACUAGAAGGCCACCAAAGAACAUCCUCGAUAUCGCCACCGGUAUAGGCGACUGGGCUAUCCAGAUGGGUGACAUCUUCCCCAAUGCGACAAUUAUCGGCACAGACCUGUCUCCCAUUCAACCGAACGACGUGCCUCCAAAUGUAUACUUCUACGUUGAAGACUCAAGCGACGAGUGGAUGUUUAACCACAAGUUCGACUAUAUCCACACCCGCAGCACAUCCGGAUGCUGGUCCGAUUUUGAGACGCAGAUAGCUCAGCAAGCCUUCAAUGCGCUUGAACCCGGCGGCUGGUUUGAGUCGCAAGAGACGGACUGCAUUCCUUUGUGCGACGACGACACACUCGAUCGUCAAGGCCCGGUUGCGACAUGGUGCAAUGAACUGAUAGCGGCGGCAGAUAAGCUAGAGCGUCCGGCUAUCUUUGGCGAAAAGCUCAAAGAGAUCUACGAGCGGGUUGGCUUUGUGGAUGUCCACCAACGUAUAAUCAAGAUGCCUAUCAACGGCUGGGCCAAGGACUCGCGACUCAAGCAAGUGGGAUGGAUGUGGGCUGAUCACAUGCUCGAUGGACUAUCUGGGUUCUCUUAUCAGCUCUUGAACAAGGCCUUUGAACGGACCAGUGCUCAGAUUGAGACAAUGCCUUUCAACUGCUAA